CUCACGAACCCCCUGCAGUUCCCUCACGAACCUCCAGGGGAUCGCAAACUCCACUUUGGGAAACCAUUCAUUAACAUAGGCUACUCAUUAAAUCCUGUCUAUCGUGUUUAACUACUUUUGUGAAACUCAUUUGAAACCUCCUAUGACGCUUUUGUCCAAACCAAACUGUUUCGCUUGUGCAGACUGAACAAAGUAGGCUACUAGUAUCUGUAAUGUUCUCUCUGUCCCUGGAAUCAUAGAAUAUUUUCCCCCACAGGACCAGGUUGAGAAGAUGGAGAGAACAAACACGCAGAAAACCCAGGAGAAACAGAAGACUAUAGAGGAGCUGAAGCUGGUUGUAAAAACUCUGAAGCACUCUGCUCAGACAACAGUGGAGCACAAUGAGAAGAUCUUCACUGAGCUCAUCCUCUCUAUUAAGAACAGAGAGCAUGAGGUGACACAGCUGAUCAGAGAUCAGGAGAGGACUGAAGUGAGUCGAGCUGAAGGCUCCUGGAGCAGCUGGAGCAGGAGAUCACUGAUCUCCAGAUGAGAGACACAGAGCUGGAUCAAGAUCCACACACACAGAAUCAUUUGCAUUUUAAGAAUCUCUCUGCUUCUUCUGAAUCUGAGUCGUCAUCCACUAUGACUGUUAGUCAUGUUCAGUUUGAUGGCUUAAAGAAAUCUCUCUCUGAUCUAAAACAACAUUUUGAAUAUUUUUGUCAGGAGGAGAUCAGUAAAAUCACCUCUUUUGAUUUUUGCAGCUUUACCCUUGAUCCCAACACAGCGGGUGAACACCUCAUCCUCUCUGAGAACAACAGACAGAUGACUUACCCUGAGCAUCGUGGGAGAUAUAAGUUCCCCUGCAAGGUGUUUUGUAAGGAGAGUGUGUUUGGACGCUGUUACUGGGAGGUGGAGUGGAGCGGGAGAUGUGUGCACAUAUCAGUCUCAUAUAAAGAAAUGAAAGACAGAGGAAAGGGAUCAGUCGGUAUGUUUGGAAACAACAACACGUCUUGGAGUCUACAAUGUUUUCCCAAGCCUGUUUUCUGGCAUAAGAGCAUAAAAAAAACUGAGAUCUCAAGCCCUCUGUCCUCUAGGGUUGGUGUGUAUGUAGAUCACAAAGCAGGAACUCUGUCUUUCUACAGUGUCUCUGAUACAGUGACCCUUCUGCACCAUGUCAAGACCACAUUCACUCAGCCCCUUUAUCCUGGGUUUUGGUUCAGUGCAUCAGGUUUUGGAGAUCUGCUCAAUCUAGACACCUCUGGGACAAACACCAAUGUGUUCUCCUCAGUGAAACUGUGUGAUCCAUAAACAAGUAUUGUGAUCCCCUUAUCUAAAAACAGCUUUACUUAUAUAUAAACAUUAACAUAUAUAAACAAAGUACUAAAAUGUUAUCACAAAUAUAUGAUGUAUAUGUAUGAUAGGAAUGAUUAUAUUUUGUAGAAUAAAAUUUUUAUGAGAUGAAAAUGUAUUUGUAAAACAUGUUUUUUCUUCUUUAUGUCGACCCUAAUUGUUUGGAAGACUUCAGGAGAAUCUCAGCUGAGCAAUAAAACAAGACAAUCCUAAUAAAGUAAACUUCUUUUUUUUUUUUAUUCUAAAAUUUCCCCAAGUUUUCUGCUUGA